AUAAUGAAGAUAAUUCAAAUGAUGGGACCCAACCAUCCAAAAGGAGGCGAAUGGGCUCAGGAGAUAGCUCUAGGAGUUGUGAGACUUCAAGUCAAGAUCUUGGCUUUAGCUACUAUCCAGCAGAAAAUUUGAUAGAGUACAAAUGGCCACCUGAUGAAACAGGAGAAUACUAUAUGCUUCAAGAACAAGUCAGUGAAUAUUUGGGUGUGACCUCCUUUAAACGGAAAUAUCCAGAUUUAGAGCGACGAGAUUUGUCCCAUAAGGAGAAACUCUACCUGCGGGAGCUGAAUGUCAUCACAGAGACGCAGUGCACUCUAGGUUUAACAGCAUUGCGCAGUGAUGAAGUGAUUGAUUUAAUGAUAAAAGAAUAUCCAGCCAAACAUGCUGAGUAUUCUGUUAUUUUACAAGAAAAAGAACGUCAGCGAAUUACAGAUCAUUAUAAAGAGUAUUCUCAAAUGCAACAACAGAAUACUCAGAAGGUUGAAGCCAGCAAAGUGCCUGAGUACAUUAAGAAAGCUGCCAAAAAAGCAGCUGAAUUUAACAGCAACUUAAACCGGGAACGUAUGGAAGAAAGAAGAGCUUAUUUUGACUUGCAGACACACGUUAUCCAGGUGCCUCAAGGGAAGUACAAAGUGUUACCGACAGAGCGAACCAAGGUCAGUUCUUACCCAGUGGCCCUCAUCCCCGGACAGUUCCAGGAAUAUUACAAAAGGUACUCACCAGAUGAGCUGCGGUAUCUGCCGUUAAACACCGCACUUUAUGAGCCCCCUCUGGAUCCUGAGCUCCCGGCCCUAGACAGCGAUGGUGAUUCAGAUGAUGCCGAGGAUGGUCAAGGCGAUGAGAAACGGAAACAUAAAGGCACUUCGGACAGCUCCUCCGGCAACGUGUCUGAAGGGGAAGGCCUUCCUGACAGCCAGGAGGAGCCUUUCCAGGGAAGACAGAGAUCCAAGGACAAAGCUGCUACUCCAAGAAAAGAUGCUUCCAAACGUUCUGUACUGUCCAAGUCAGUCCCUGGGUACAAGCCAAAGGUCAUUCCAAAUGCUCUAUGUGGAAUUUGUCUGAAGGGUAAGGAGUCCAACAAGAAAGGGAAGGCUGAAUCACUUAUACACUGCUCCCAGUGUGAGAAUAGUGGCCAUCCUUCUUGCCUGGAUAUGACCAUGGAGCUUGUUUCUAUGAUUAAGACCUACCCAUGGCAGUGUAUGGAAUGUAAAACUUGCAUUAUAUGUGGACAACCCCACCACGAAGAAGAAAUGAUGUUCUGUGAUGUGUGUGACAGAGGUUAUCAUACUUUUUGUGUGGGCCUUGGUGCUAUUCCAUCAGGUCGCUGGAUUUGUGACUGUUGUCAGCGAGCCCCCCCAACACCCAGGAAAGUGGGCAGAAGGGGGAAAAACAGCAAAGAGGGAUAAAAUAUGGAUUUAAAUGAAAUAUUUGGUGCCAACUUAUUUACAUUCUCAAUUUUAUGCCAAUAAAAGAUUCUGAAAUUAACUAUGUGCUUAAAAUCUGCAAGUUGAUUUAUUUGUUAUAAGCCACUUUUACCCUUGAACCAAUUACAAGUAGAGAAAUAACAGUUCAUUUUCCAAAAGUUUCUUUUAAUCUCUUAGUACUUUGGCUUUAUCCAGAAAUUCAGUUGGAAAUAUUAGGCAGUUUAAUUGAAAUACUCAACUAUUUCUCCAUUGACCUGAAAGUGACUAGUAUUUGCAUGAAAUUUUCCUAUAGUUUCUGGCCUAUUGUGGGUAGCAUAAGUUAUUUUAAUGAUAGAAGAAUUUUAAAUAGGUAGCCCAAGGUGAUAAAUAACAAAUGACCUGAUGAGAUUCAGAACCUGGGUCUGCCAGGAAAUCUGUCUGGAGACGGGUGCCCACUUGACCUGGGGAACAGGCACGGGGCUUUUGCCCCAUACUCACGCAAAUCCCCAGAAAUCAUUACAUUUCAGACUUGCUUUUAGUAACUCUUCAAAGUCUACACGUUGUAACUGCAUUGGGAAUCUAACCAGAAUACAGUUCUAGCUACCAACCUUUUAAUCUGAUGCUCUGUUUCAAUUUAUUUUAUAUAUACCUGGGUUACUGCAAUAUUUUUAGUCACCUGACAAACUAAUCAAACUGGAGUUUAAACAUUUUAUUGUGCGUAUUCCUUUUACAGGAAUUUUGACAUUUGGAGGAAAAAAACAUCGUUCUUGCUGCUU